GCGUCAUCUGGCAACACCGCGCGACGCAUAUUCGAUUGCGACGCGGCGCGCCAUUCAACGUCGUCGGCGUCGGGGUGCCGUCAGUCCCCCUACGUCGCGAUUAUGGUCAUCGUCACACCCCGCUUUUUACGCGGACCAUCCCCGAACAAAGCACGUGAAAAUGUGAUAUGAAGAAGGCUUUCGCCAAACCAUCACAUAACCUAAACGUUUAGCAUUAGCACGGUUACUAUACAUACAUUUGAUAAUAUUGAUUUUCGCGUGAUGUUUUAAUGCAUGUAUGUAUGUAUAUAGGCGAUUAGGAAUUAGGGAACGUAUCAACAGGAUUUGAUAUAUCUGUUGUUUUUUAUGUGAUAACAAUAAGGUAUUCGUAGAGUAUUAAAGAAUUGAUGAGACUCGAUUUUACGCUUUGAGCUUGAUGAAGUGAUAUUUUUGUAGCCGAAUUUUUUCGCUCGUAUUCAUAACGCCUUUCGUGAAACAAUCAAAGUAGUUGCAUCGUCUUUUUUAUACAUGUAAUGCGGCAUUAGUGUUCGUCAUAGUGGUAAUGAUAAGAGUGAACUUCAUAGGACACUUCCGGAUUACACCGAAACAUGUCUAAAACCAUCAAUGCCUAUAGGAUCAAGAAGAUAGAAAGCCUGGGCAAAAUGACGGCGAUGACUCAGGAGGAGAUCGUGUCUGCCGUGAAGACGGUGGCUCAGGGUCUGGAGGCACUCCGUAGCGAGCAUGCGGGCCUGCUGCAUGGCCUGCAAGAGGCCGCGGACCCGGUGGCGGCCAACGAGAGAGCCCAGCUGGUCAACCAAAGUAGGGAGAUGAUUGAGUUGGGACUGGGCGAAGCGCAGGUGAUCAUGGCACUGGCGUCCCACCUCCAAAUGGUUGAAGCCGAAAAGCAGAAGCUGCGCACCCAAGUCCGUCGUCUAUGCCAAGAGAACGCGUGGCUUCGAGAUGAACUGGCAUCGACUCAACAACGGCUGCAGUCCAGCGAACAAGCUGUUGCCCAGCUGGAAGAGGAGAAGAAACAUCUGGAGUUCAUGAACUCUGUCAGCAAAUAUGACCAGGACAUCAGCGAGGAUGGUAGCAGUGUAGGCGGCGUUAGCGGCGAGCAUCAAAGGGCUGAGAAGCCGGAUCCUGUCGUCGAUCUGUUCCCUGAUGAUGACAGUGAUGAUAGGCAUAUGUCUCCGACUCCUCCAAACCAACUUCAGCUGUCCCAACAAGUGAACGCCGGUUAUGAAAUUCCCGCUCGACUCAGAACUUUACACAACCUGGUGAUACAAUAUGCUUCUCAAGGACGUUACGAGGUGGCCGUACCCCUGUGCAAGCAGGCCUUGGAAGAUCUCGAAAAGACCAGCGGCCAUGACCACCCUGACGUAGCAACGAUGCUCAAUAUCCUCGCAUUGGUUUACAGAGAUCAAAACAAAUACAAAGAAGCGGCCAAUCUUUUGAACGAUGCAUUGGCGAUAAGGGAGAAGACUCUGGGUGAGAAUCACCCUGCGGUGGCUGCGACUUUGAACAAUUUGGCUGUGUUGUACGGAAAACGUGGCAAAUACAAGGAGGCAGAACCUCUGUGCAAGCGGGCUUUGGACAUUAGGGAAAAAGUAUUGGGCAGAGAACAUCCAGAUGUCGCUAAACAGCUGAACAACCUUGCGUUACUCUGCCAGAAUCAGGGUAAAUAUGAAGAGGUGGAAAAAUACUAUCAAAGAGCAUUGGAGAUCUACGAGAAAAGGCUGGGCGCUGACGAUCCGAACGUAAGCAAAACCAUGAACAACCUGGCUUCUUGCUAUUUGAAACAGGGCAAAUACAAGGAAGCCGAAGUUCUCUACAAACAGAUCCUCAACAGGGCACACGAAAGAGAAUUCGGAACAAUCGAUGGUGAUAACAAACCGAUCUGGCAAGUGGCUGAAGAGCGGGAAGAGAACAAGGCGAAAAACAGAGAGAACGCGCCGUAUGGUGAAUACGGCGGCUGGCAUAAAGCAGCUAAAGUGGACUCCCCGACAGUUACAACAACCCUAAAGAACCUCGGCGCCCUCUAUAGGCGACAGGGCAAAUACGAGGCGGCCGAAACGUUGGAGGAUUGCGCAUUGAGGAGCAGGAAAGAGGUGAGGAUUCGUGUAGUUUAUGCUUAAUUGUCGGUUUCUGUGUGUGUUUUUUGCAUAACAUGCACAAUUAGUUGUGAUGCGCCAUUGAACGUUCUUUAUUUGUUAGUUUACAGAUGAAGUAGUUUUUGCUGGAGAUCUAUUAUUGUUGAAUGAUCUAUGUUUUGAGAUAUUGAAACUUCCUAUUUUUUUGCACAUUAUAUCACUUCUGUUUAGUUUGUCCUUAUCGUUAUGUCUCUUUCAGCACCGUACUAUUAAUUUGAAUUAAACUCUCUACUCCAUAUUUAUCAUUGAAAAUUCUAUAUUGUGUGUUGAUAAUGUCUUAGGCAUGUUUGUGUGUUAUUUUUUUUCUAAUUUUGGAUGUAAGGUAGGCAAGGUAUCUGUCAGCUUUUAUCAUUGAGUUUCUCUGCCUAUAAAAAAUAUGUUGGUGCGACGUCACAUGACAGAAUUUACAUACAAAAACACAAUUUCUCAAUACCUUUAUUUAAUUUGCACUUAUUAAUUCCAUAUAACUUGACACUUUAGUUGUUGGAACAGGUGACGUCAUACUAAUCCAACAACAAACAAUUCUUGUUUGUGCACAUGCCAGUAGUGCCUGCAUUUGCAAUUGUAGUGGUGGUGGUAAUUGACUGAUUUGCUAGAAUUUGUACUCUCUAGAACUUACUUUUCUUCACUAUUAGCAUGUUCAACAAGCCUUAGAUAUCGUGAAAAAUUCGAAAGUAACAAAUUUGCUGAGCGAUGAUAGACGCAAAUCUGGCAGUUUCAAAGACAAAACAUCACGCAGGGGCUCUAGGGAAUCACUGGAAAUGUGCUAUGAUGGCGAAGAGACGUCAACCGCCCGGACACCGGAUACAGAAAAAGCCGGUUUGAAAACGAAACUGUUUAACGCCCUAGGCAUCAACUCGCCUGUCAAACCGAGUUCUUAGUUCUAUACUUAGGUCGUAAGCUUUUUACUUAACAACAUGUAGAAUGUCUGCACACACAGGCUUUCGCAUUUAGGUCCGUUUUUAUUUUGUGUCCGUUAUGUUGGUAACAGAGCGGCCUUGUGGAUUUGAUUAACAUUCCAUCAUUGAAGAUCACGAUUUUGUUUUUCUGCGGUGUCGAUUAUCUAGGCCACAAAAAGGGAAUAGGAUUGUGCGCUACAGUAACAGCCAUUAUAUAGAAACAUAAUCCGCAUAGAUUCAAUUAGAAAUAUACUAUCAGCCAAUGACACGACGUUUUGGCCAACACGGUGGCCUUUUUCAAGUACAAAUAACAAUUCUGAUGAUAAUAUUAUUAUUAAAUUAAUUACGAAAGUUUUAUUUCGAACUUCCAUUGUCUAUACAGGGUGUCCGCAAAGUUGGGGUUUUCCUUUUCAGAAACAACUACCCUUGAAAUAACAAAGGUAAUGUGUAGUGAAACGAGGGCGACCAAGUAAAAAAAAAAAUAAAGGAAAAAGUAUUCUCUCUCCAGUUGACGAGAAGGGCUAAGUACGUCUCUGCCCUAAAUCAUACCGCUCCAACAGAAAAUGAAAUCAGCUACCGAGCAGACGCCGGCGGUGGUGCAGACCACGGACAGAGGUAACAAAUAUGACCAUCGUGCAGAAACCACAUUGAUUGUCUUACACUUAAUAGCACAUCUUCUAACAAGGAAGGCAAAAUGUUGCGUAAAAAGUCUAGGUAUUGCAUCCCGUCCAAUCGAUUUGGGAGAAUAAAUGAUCCAAUGAGCAUACCGUUCACCAUGCCAGCCCAAACAUUCACCGAAACUGUUUGUUGAAAAUGUGCCCGACGGACAGCGUGCGGAUUUUCUGCUGACCAAACAUGAGUGUUGCGAAAGUUAUUCACCCCAUUACGCGUGAACGUAGAUUCGUCCGUCACCAAUAUGCACUUCAAAAAGUCCGGAUUAUUGUCAUGUUGAUGCAACAACCACUCACCAAACCCCACUCUUGCUGGAAAAUCGUCAGGUUGAAGGGCUUGUACACGUUGGACGUGAAACGGAUACAGCUCCUCUUCACGCAGCGUUUGCCACACUUUAGUUUUUGAUACUUGCACUUCUCUAGCCACGUCUCUAGUGUUUGUUGUUUUUUGAAACGCAAUCGAUUAUACGGGUUCGUUUACCUCUACACGCGUGACCGUAACCGUCGGUUGAAGGUUGCAUACUGACCUGACACACUGACCCUGACCCAGUUCUGUCGUCGGGUUGAGCUAGUGUCCUAGUGCCAGUCGGGGAUGUCGCGAGUCGCGGCUACAGGACGGUAUUCAGAUAUUUUUGAUGUUGCAGAGCCCUUUAUCUCGGUUCCCUUAAGACAUUGGUGUAUAUGGUACUAAGAAAAAUUGCUUAUGUUUUCAAGAUCUACACGUCGUGUACAGGAAAACCCCAACUUAGCGGACACCCUGUAUAUACAAUUUUUGAGAUCUCGAGUUCGAAAUAAAACUUUUGAAACAUCUAAAUUUUCUAGAAAUUUUAAUCAACAAUACAAUUACUUUUACUAACACGACAUGUCAGUCCACCGUGACCUUUUUCAAGAACAAAUGACAAUUAUAUUGUCAUUAGGAUUAUCAUUUGUACUUGAAAAAGGCUACCCUGGUUGAAGAAACGUUUUCUUUAUUAUUGAAAUUUGAAAUAUUUAGUUUAAUUAGUUUGUUAUCAUCUUGUUUUUGCAACAAGGUAAUCACAGAAUGAAACAAUCACUCCUUCAGGUCAGUUUAAUGCAAAAAAGCAAUUUUAGAAAAAAUGUUACAUGACACCUUUAUCAACUUGUGUCUUCAAUUAUAUUGUCAUCUGGAUUGUCAUUUGUACUUAAAAAGGUCAUCCUGGUUGUCGUUCAAACCUAUGUGGUUUCAUUUAGCGGCCUCACAAUUAUUAGUUUGUAGUGCAUUAUUCAAUUAAAAGUAGAACUCGAAUCGCCAAAAAAAGGUUAUUUAUCAGUUUACAUUUACACCAAAUGUAACAUAUCUUCUUUAGCUAACUGGAGUACACUUUCCCUGGUAUCCUUUUGUGACUUGGGUUACAAUCGAUAUCGUAAUCCUUUUUCCUCCAAAAGAAGUCUCGAACAGCCUCAAAUUGUUAAUUGUAUCCUGCGCGUUCGAUAUUUCUGGAUGAAUUUUAAUAAGUAUGACUUCACAUUAACUAUACUUUUAUUUUUGGAAACUGAAUUUUUCGAAGCUAGCUUCUCAUUGCCGUUUAUCAUGCACGCAGGAUAUAGUGUCACAGGCAUAAGUAUAUUUAGCUGGUUGUAAUAUCUUGAUGAAAGGUUAAACGCAAUCUGAAGAAAUUCAAUAUAAAGCUUGCAUUGAUUUUCUAUUCUUAACAUAGAUUAACUCAGGGUUCACCCUCUUCGAAAAUUCUUGUUACAUAGAUCUGGAUAUUAGUAAAACAGUCAAAUUAUAUGUCAAACGUUUCGUCAUGUAAAUUGUUCUCACCUUGCAAAAGGUACGGUGGUGUAUGGUCUUUGUUUUAAUCUGACAAGCACAACAAACGAAUGUAGCCAGUUAUUCAACGUUAAGGGUCUUUAACCUGGUUGCAUAUGAACCGAUAUAAUUGAAGCGCAUUUUUUCCAACAUACUUUCUUUACUGAAAACGCAUCAUUAAAGGUAUGCACCGCAUAAGUCACUAGAUUAUUUUCCCUUCAAAUAAUAUCACGUAAUACAGGUUCAGUGCUAUAUUGCUGCAGUGUUGAUCAAUAUCUUUUAAGUUAUACAGAGAAAUCCAUAUACUACUGACAUCGUAAUGUGUACGAGGAAGAAGCGCGAGAAGCGUACAAUACGUGUGUUAGAAAGAAAUAGAAGCACCAUUUUGCCUAGCAAACUGUCGUACACAUUACCUCGUCAGAGAUAUUUGGAUUUCUCUGUAUACCACUAACUCCAUUUACUGUCAAAAUUUCAAUUUUCUAAGAACUCAAAAACUAUGUUAAGUCCAAAAUAGUACUUUAAAACUGAGUUAUUUGUUGAACAUUGAAAUUAUAUGACUUACAAAGUUUUUGCAGUGGCCGAUUCAGUUGUAACAUCAUUUUAUCUAUUUACGUUUUUGCGAUACAUGAGUCAUUUUAUUAGAAAUUUUCUACGGAUUGCAAUAUGGGACUGAUAUAGUCGCUGGGAGUAUUCUCAUACCAAUUUAGCAAUUAAACAUUUUUUUCAAUGGUUAAAGAUUGUUUGGGAUCUUGCGUUCAAUUUGGCACUUUACAGUACAAGAAACUUAAUAUAUAUUCAAAUCUUUUGACACCGAUUUUUCAUCCAAGAUAUCAGUUCGUCUUUUUAUUUGUUGUGCGCUAGCAGAGGCAAUAUCAGUAUAUCACUCGUAUUCAUGUUAGCGAAUGUAAUUUUCAAAAGAUUUCCGUUCAUUUUUUCAGCUAAAAUUUAGACAACAAUUGGAAUGUGUAUGAUAAGUAAUAUUUGUGAAAACAGUAAAUUUGAAAAGCAUUUAUGAAGAGGGUAUUUCUCGGCAGAUGACAUUAUCUAUGACAAUUUUUUUUUGCUAGAUUUUAUUUAAUCUAGUUUUAGAAUUAACUGACAUAAUAUUUUUUAUGCUGAGGUUACUACAAGUUACAAACUAACUUUACCAGCACACUAUAGGUUACUUAUUAGAUUUGUAUAGUGAUAUUAUUUAUAUUUGCCAACGUAUCGAUUUUAAACAUGCAUGCAAGGCAUCUUCAUUUUUAUCUAAGGAAAGGGUAAAAAUAUCAUGCCUGGUGAUACUGUAAAAGCUUGUGUAACUCAGAAAUCCGCGAUUUAGAUAGGAGCGUAUUUAUUAUCGGAUUUCAACUCAUACUCAUUAAAAGUUACUGUCAUCUCAUGCCACGACUUCUACAGGCUAACUACGACUACUAUGAUUAUAGAGGAGGGGAUGUAGUGAAAUUUAUGAAAUUUGAGAUAUUCCAAACAUAGUGCAUUUGUCGUAAAUAGUAGCUACCAAAUUUAAUAUAACCUAAUAGCUCACUAGUUUUCACUAAUGCUUCAGCUGUAUUAGGUGUUUGCACUGGGGUAGAAAGUCUAGAGUUAGAUAAAAUGAUGAUGCCUAAGACUUAAAUAGAUCAUUGAGGUAUGUAUUGAAGCUGUAUCUUUUUGUGAUAAUCUACAGAGGGAACACCUAUUUUGUGUCAAUACGUAAUUUUGUUAUUUAUUGAUACUAUGAAAAAUUUAUUUAUGCAAUGUGAGAGAAAGUAUGUGUUCCCUUUGAAUGAAGAAGUAUUCAGUGUUUUUUUUUUGUUUUUUGUUUGAUCGUAUUACUGCCCUUAAGGGAGAACUUCCAUUUGAAUACUCCUGUAAGAUGUAUUACUAAGAAAUUGAACUAGCUUUACCUGUUAAAAAAGAUUUAGAGUGUGUCCUCCCUAAGCAUACAUUUUUUGUAUAAGUCAAUUACAAUAAUUUUAUGUACAAUUUUUCUAAAAAAAAAUCUAUUUAGUGAACUAGACAGCAAGAUUUGAGUGUGACCAAUCCCUUUUUUGUCUUUUUUGUCACCACAUACAUCAUAUAAUUAAUUGUGUUAUAGUCUUCCAUGAAAUUAAAAAUUCAAGGCCGUGUUGAAAAUAAUUACAGAUCUUCCAGUAAACAUUGCUAACAGCUGAAUCUUGAUGUCAAGUUUACGUUGGUUUUGGUUCUAUCAAAAGAUUAUAUAUCUGCGCAUUGUAUUAACUACAGUGUUAUUUGCAAUAAAUAUGAAUUAUUACAAAGA